AUGUAUUCCGCGUUGAGCCUGGCGCAGAGCAGGGUGAGCGCUGAGUCGGCGCAGCGGAUCCUGGAGGUCACCAGCGGGGUGGAGCAGAUGAGCUUCGUCUGCUGCCCGGUGGCCUUUCUGCAGUGCCUGAGACUUCCGGCGCUGCGCGCUGCGCAGCUUCGGGCGCUGCCCGCGCUGAGUUCCGCCGCGCUGGCGGAGGUGGCCCAAGACUUCGGGAGGCCCGACAAGCCGACAGCCAUGGACUUCCUCUCCAAGGAGGUCAAAGGAGGCGCCAUGGCGUGGCAACUGCAGACCCUGGAUCUAUCGGAGAACUGCCUGCGAGGCGGUGGGAGGUCCUUGGCCAUCUUCCUGCGGCUGCCUGAGCUGCAAGUGCUGCAGCUGGAGCGAUGUGAUCUUGAAUUAGAAGACGUGGAGCACAUCGCCAAGACGCUUUCCCGCAGCGGCGUGGUGCGCUUGGACUUGGCUCGGAACCUGCUGCGGUCCAAGGGCCUUUUGGCGCUCACCAGGACCUUGGCCAGCUCGAAGAUUCAAGACCUGGGCCUGGAGUCGAACGAAAUCGACUAUGGGGAGGCGCUGAAUGAGCUGAAGUUGGCGCACGACAAGCGUCCCUUCCCAGGUUUGCGCCUGGAGCGGAAUCGCCUGGGCCCGUCGGCGCUCAAGGCCUUCCUCAUGUCCUUGCGCCACCAGAAGCGCAGCAAGGCCUUUUGCCCCCCCGGGUGCAGGUGCUUCGAGGGCCGGGGCGAGGUGAUGUGA